CAUCCAGGCAUGAGACACGGAUGAGUUUAGUUGGGUGAAGUCUGGGUGGGACCUCCCACUUUAUACUCCUGUAGGAAAGUCCAACUAAUAACCCCCAUAGCCAGCUUUGGCUUCUUUAUUCCCAAUAGGCAACAAGUCUCCCCCUUGGACUGAAUUCAAUCUUCGAGGGUGACCCUCAUGGCCGUAAUCCUGAGUUCCUGCAGCUUUUGCCUCUUGCUUUUCUCCCUUCUGGUCACCCCUCCUAUUGCUAUUGCCGGAGUCUUUGCCCCUAACGGCGUCCUCAGCGUCAAGUACCGAUACGCCGGCCUCGAGCGCUCCCUCACUCAGCUCAAAGCUCACGAUAGCCGCCGCCAGCUUCGGAUUCUUACCGGCGUCGAUCUUCCCCUCGGCGGCUCCGGUCGUCCCGCUGCUGUCGGGCUUUACUAUGCUAAAAUAGGGAUUGGGACACCUCCAAAAGAAUACUAUGUGCAGGUAGAUACGGGAAGUGACAUUAUGUGGGUCAACUGCAUUCAGUGCACUGAGUGCCCCACUAGAAGCUCCCUUGGUAUUGAGCUGACGCUAUACAAUAUAGACGACUCGGAGACAGGGAAAUUGGUUCCUUGUAAUAAAGAAUUUUGCUUGGAGAUAAACGGGGGUCCUUUAUCUGGCUGCCUGGCCAAUAUGUCCUGUCCAUAUCUUCAGAUAUAUGGAGAUGGCAGUUCCACUGCUGGAUACUUUGUAAAGGAUGUCUUACACUAUGACCUGGUGUCUGGAGACCUCCAAACUACUUCUUCCAAUGGAAGUGUCAUGUUCGGGUGUGGUGCUAGACAAUCUGGUGAUCUAGGUUCAUCUAAUGAAGAGGCACUGGAUGGGAUACUUGGUUUCGGAAAAUCAAAUGCAUCAAUAAUUUCACAGCUAGCUUCAUCUGGGAAAGUAAAAAAGAUGUUUGCUCACUGUUUAGAUGGAACCAAUGGGGGCGGUAUCUUUGCUAUUGGGCGUGUUGUGCAACCAAAAGUUAACAUGACUCCAUUGGUACCAAACCAGCCACAUUACAGUGUUAAUAUGACAGCUGUUCAAGUUGGUCACGCUUUUCUAAACGUGUCAAAAGAGGUGUUUGAGGUAGGAGACAGAAGAGGGACAAUAAUAGACAGUGGUACAACCUUGGCCUAUCUCCCAGAAAUGGUUUAUGAACCAUUAGUAAGUAAGAUAAUCUCCCAACAGGCAGAUUUAAAAGUUCAAACUGUUCAUAAUGAGUAUACGUGCUUUCAGUACUCCAAAAGUGUUGAUGAUGGAUUUCCACCUGUCACCUUUUAUUUUGAGAAUUCUCUCUCCUUAAAGGUUUAUCCUCGUGAAUAUCUAUUUCCCUAUGAAGGUUUGUGGUGUAUUGGUUGGCAAAACAGUGGAAUGCAAUCCAGGGAUAGCAUGAACUUGACUCUUUUGGGAGAUCUAGUGCUAUCAAAUAAGCUAGUCUUGUAUGAUCUCGAGAAUCAAGCCAUUGGAUGGACUGAAUAUAACUGUCGUCAUGGUCAACCAGCUCUAUUGCCCCUUAGCUGAAAUUCCAUACCAUGCAUGAGCCAAUCUGCUGUCCACAACCUCACAGAUGAGACAACCAAUGCUUUCUAAUCAGAUUAAGAGCUCCCUUGUCUCAAGCUGACUUCUGCAUCCUUAAGCAGUCAGCAUCUGUACCAUGUGGCGGUUCACCAUAUAACCUAGAUGUAUUGUUUGAAUAGUUCUCUGAUACCAUGUUGAUAGAGAGUAAUGAAAAGAUGAGAGAGGAGUGAUGAGGUAUAGAAAAAACAACUCUUGGGGAAAAGGACCAAAAAUCUUAAUGCUCUUCUCCUGUUAGCAUAUUAUAUAUAUUAUUGUAAAAACAUAACAAUUACUUGAAUGCCCAUAAACAUGUCCUUACAUAAUCACCCUUCCUAGGCCUUUGUUUUGGUGGAACUAACGUAGUGACUGUCCUUUACUUCAUUGUGGUCCUUGUGGAAUCCUAUGAACUGGCUUCUGUUGAUUAAAGAUGGAAUUGUAAGAACUGGCUUUUUUGUAGUUGAUAUAUUGUUUUUUGUAUAUAAACAAUAAAAGAACAAGAGAAACAUCUCGUAAAUUUGGUUGAUUGGCAAGAAAAAUUGUGGUUAUUAAUUUCCUUGAAUCAAAACUCUAUUUUAAGGAUGAAACUCGAGUUUUAAUUUAUGUCAGAAAAGUUAGUUUUGGUUUUUCACCAUAAAGAAGAUUUAUAUGAACAGUGGUAUUUUAAUCGAGCUUGUAACCCUAAGUUAGAAAGUCUGACAAAUUGAUUAUAGAAUGGACUUAGUAACUGCUAUGGAAUUGCUAGACUCUGUUGCAGUAAAAUAGCAUAUCUUAUUGCUAUCUUGUUUCUUUUGGUUUGGUUGUUUGACUUUAUUAUGGUUGUUUUCAGGUUCGUCAAGCAUUAAAUUACAGGAUGAACAAAG